AUGGUUCGCUUUACCGGCGGCCUGCUGCUGUUCGCGGCCUUUGCAGCAGCAGCACCUUCGGAACCCUAUUCGAAUGCUGGAGAACUCCAACAGGUCAUCACAAAGCCGCCAUCAUCGUCCAAAACACAAUCUGCUCCUAGAAAAUUGCAGGGCAAGUUUCUGCACAUCACAGACAUCCACCCCGAUCCCUUCUACAAAGUCCAUUCCGAUCCCGACGAGUCGUGUCAUGCGGGCAAGGGUCAUGCUGGACAUUAUGGUGCGGAGGUCACGAGUUGCGAUACACCCUUCUCCUUGGUGAACGCAACCUUCAAAUGGAUUGAGGAGCACCUGAAAGAUGAGGUGGAUUUCGUGGUAUGGACGGGUGAUUCUGCCCGACACGACAACGAUGAACGAUUUCCUCGAACCGACAAACAAGUGAUUAAGCUGAACCGCUUCAUGGUGGACAAAUUUGUCGAAGUGUUCGGCAAGUCAGACAACAUCGAUGACCCUGACCCGACCAAUGACUUCAUCGUUCCAAUUGUUCCCACCUUUGGAAACAACGAUAUCAUCCCGCACAAUAUUUUCCAACCCGGCCCAAAUAAGUGGACGAAAGCGUACAGUGACAUCUGGGCCCAAUUUGUUCCCCAAGCACAACGCCAUUCUUUUGCAAGAGGGGGGUGGUUUUUCACAGAGGUGAUACCAAACAAGCUGGCAGUCUUCAGCCUCAACACCUUAUAUUUCUUUGACUCCAACUCUGCUGUUGAUGGCUGUGAUCUCAAGUCUGAACCAGGUUAUGAGCACAUGGAAUGGCUGCGAAUUCAAUUGCAGUUCCUGCGCGACCGAGGCAUGAAAGCCAUCAUCAUCGGCCACGUUCCGCCCGCCAGGACAGAAAGCAAACAGAGCUGGGACGAAAGUUGUUAUCAAAAAUACACCUUGUGGCUGCAUCAAUAUCGAGAUGUCAUUGUAACAUCGAUUUAUGGCCACAUGAAUUUGGACCACUUUAUCUUCCAAGAUAUAAAGGAGUUGAAGGAUAAAUACAAGAUCAAACGGGUUGAUGACGAUCAUGCUCUAUCAGAUCAAUUCAAACUCUUCUCACGUGACGAAAUGCUCACAAUUACCGCCAAGGCGAAAUACCUAAACGAACUGAGAGAAGGAUGGUCCGAUCUACCCAAACCCCCAUCAGGAUACUCUUAUUCGGUUACGGAACCAGAAGAACUCUUCGGGGAAGAUAUCAAUAUUCAGAAGAAGAAGAAGAAGAAGAAACAACCUGAUGAGAGGGAGGAAUUGGAAAAGUUUUUGGCCGCUAUUGGUGGACCCUGGGGAGAAAGAUUCAGUCUCAGCUUGGUGUCUCCCAGUGUUGUUCCAAACUUCUUUCCCACUCUGAGAGUUGUGCAGUAUAACAUUACCGGGAUGGAGCUUGAUCACCCAGCUACUGGAGCAAUAGGGACCCCAGCGGAGGAAGACGCCUCCACCAUCAUCGACCAUGAUGAUCUUGAGGACACCUCUAUAGAUGAUUGUCUCAGUAUUGAUGAAGAAGAGUCAGAAGAUGUCCACGAUCUGAAAAAGAAAAAGAAACACAAGAAAAAGAAGAAGAAGGAGAAGGAGAAUCCAAAGAAACCUACCUUUCCAGUGCCCAAGCCACCAUCCAAAGCUUCACUACCUGGACCGGGAUAUUCACCCCAGCCACUGUCUCUUAUUUCUUGGACGCAAUACUACGCCAAUUUGACCGAAAUCCACGAUGAAAUUUAUAAAGACAAGAUCGCCAAGGACCCAGACAAAUAUUUCAAAUAUGAUGUGGAGUAUACUACCGACAACGACCAGAACUAUCAAAUGAGAGACUUGACGAUGCGAUCAUGGCUGGACCUUGCCGAAAGGAUAGGGAGGGAUCAAUUGUCCAGUAUGGAUGUUGGACGGGAGUUGGGAGACGAGUCAGAUCCCGAACCCAUGAAAAAAGGUGGAAAGAAGAAGACCAAGACGUCGAAGAACCACCUGUGGAAGGUAUUUGUGAAGAGGGCAUUUGUUAAUACAAAGCUAGAUGAAGAGAUCGAUCAAGAUUUUGGAUGA